GUAUAAAUGUAAAACUAAGACAGUUAUUUAUGUUUUUCUACGUAUUUUAUUGAAACUAUGCAAAAAAUUAUCCCCCUAUUAUUGAUUUGUUUCUUUCUUCAUAUUGAAAGAAUCUAUGCUUCUGGUCGUACUAUACAUCAGUAUUUUCCCAAAGUAAUACUUAUUUCUCUCGAUGGAUUUCGUUAUGAUUACUUUGAUAUGGCUGAGGAAAGAAGUGUAAACAUGUCAGCAUUUGAAAAGAUUAAAAGUCAAGGAGUUUACAUAAGACGUAUACAAAAUGAAUUCCCUACUUUAACAUUCCCAUCACAUUUUUCAAUGGUAACAGGCCUGCACCCUGAAAGUCAUGGAAUAGUAGAUAAUGUGUUUUAUGAUCCAUCUAUUAAUGCAACAUUUUCAUCAAGAAAUCAGUCUACAGCAUUAGAUUCUAGAUUCUAUGAUGUUGGAGCUGAACCGAUUUGGAUAACGAACCAGUUUCAUGGUCAUAAAAGUGGAGUGACUUUCUGGAUUGGAAGUGAGGCGAAAAUCAAAGGUCAGAGACCAACUCAUUAUCUAGCACCCUACAAUGAGAACAUUACAUUCAAUCAGCGAAUUGAUAUUUUGAUGGGUUGGUUUGAACAUGAAAAUAUUAACCUCGGUCUUAUGUAUUAUCAUCAACCUGAUAGAGCAGGACAUAUUUAUGGAGCGGCAAGUGACGAGGUUUUCAAAGCUAUUGAGGAGAUAAACCAUGGACUAGAUUAUCUUUUGACAUCAAUUGAAAACCGACCAUCACUUAGUUGCUGCCUCAAUCUCAUUUUAUCAAGUGAUCAUGGAAUGACGAACGUCAGUUCAGACAGAGUUAUAUAUCUUCAUGACUACAUAGACCCGAAUGAGUAUACAUCUGCUCCUAAGAAGUCAGCGGAAAUCUGGACACUUUGGCCAAAAAAAGGACAUACUGCGCAAUCAUUAUACGACAAAUUGAAAGACAAGCACUUCAGAUUAAAUGUCUAUUUGAAGGAGGAACUACCAACACGUUUAUUUUAUGAUUCAAGUGAUCGAGUUGGUCCUGUUGUUGUAUAUGCAGACAUUGGAUGGACGAUUAUUGCUGAUAGAAGUUCUGGGGUAACAUUGAAAAAUAAAGGUUCUCAUGGUUAUGAUCCAGAUUACAAAGAGAUGUCUCCAUUUCUAAUGGCAAUGGGACCUCAGAUAUCUAAAAAUCAAACAACAGAAUUAGAAGAAACAGUCAGACUGAUUGAUAUUUACUCACUGAUUUGUCUUAUACUUAAGUUGAAACCUGCUCCUAAUAAUGGCAGUGUUUGUCGAGUUGCCCCAUUGAUAAUUCAUAAAAGUAUUGCCAAUGUCAACAGAUCACCUACUAUAUUCAUUAUGAAAUUUGUUAUUCUAACUAUUUUCAUGUCAUACAAUGGAUUAUAUAAUUGAAAUCAUAUACAUUUCUGUUGAAUGAAUCGUUGAUGUUCUAAUAAGGAAACUUGUUUACUUGUUUGUUUUAUUAAGAUGCAACUAAUUACAUAAUUGUCAUGUGUUAGUAAAACAAACAAUUGGAUUGUUAACUAAUACUCAGAUUGUAUAAUUUUUUCUCAUUAUUGAUAAGUGAUUGAUUUGUUCUGUUUGAAGUGUUUAUUUUUCCUGACAUUUUAAUGUAUGCAUUCUUAUAUGAAAUGGUGUAAAACAUAAUCAAUAUUUUGAUGAUUGUAUUAAUCUGUAAUGUGGUUGUACAUUGUUAUUCUGUAAAAUGUGAUAACAUCCCUUUGAUACGUUAUGAUGUACUUACUUACUACUUAUAGGCGUAAUUAAGUAGUAAGUAUAUCUUGAUGCACCUAUUCAUCUUUAAUCAACCAUCAUAGUUACAAAUAUGUCAGUAAUAACUUUGACUUUACAAUAUUAAAUAGAUUGUAAACCUCUGAUGAGAAUCUAAUGAAAUAAAAUGAAUCCAUUCAUUAUUUUGCACUGA